AUGUCUAUGGUGGUAGCCAGUGGAAGCGGUGGAGGAAUGAAGUAUACUGGUGGCACCGGUGGAGGAAAUGGCGGAAGAAAACGAAACGAAAAACGUCGAAUUCCACUUCUGGGGCAGCCGGUGGUGACAUCAUCGUCCCCAAGUGAUGAUGAUGAUGGUGUUGAUGAAAAUGAAGCUCAAAAUGCUCUUAAAUCCCUGGAAGACUCACUUCCCAUAAAGAAGGGACUGUCAAAUUUCUACAAUGGAAAGUCAAAAUCAUUUGUGAAUCUGAGCGGCGAAGAAUCUCGGUUGAAAAUGAAAGAAUUGGAGAAAUCAGAUUACCAAAUGAACAAGAAAAGAAGACUGAUUGUGGAAGAGGCUUUAAGCAGGAAAAUCCGCAGACUCUCCUUACCUGUUUUGAUAAAAUCCAAGAAAGAUGAAGGAAGUAGCAAAAACAAAAGCAAUGGACAAGAUGAAAGUGAUGAUCAAUUGAUUUGA